UGAGCCUCAAUUCAAGAGCACGUCUCGACAACCAGUUGUAUCCCGAAUCAAUUCUUUUUGUUCCUUCAGCAUGGCAAAACUGACCUCGUUCAAAUUGUUAUCCUUCGAUGUCUAUGGGACACUCAUCGACUACGAACGGGGCGCGCUCAAAGCUCUCGAGCCGAUCUUCCAGAAAUCCGGAAACCCCGACUUGGAUCUCAAACAGGUCAUGCAGCGGUUUUCCAAACUUCAAGCUGCUGGACAGGCUGAAAAGCCUAAACAACUGUACCGCGACCUCUUGACAUCAGUGCACCCGAUUCUAUGCAAAGAGUUUGGGCUUGCAGAGCCCACCGAAGAAGAGAGCAAGACCUUCGGCGCAAGCAUUCCAUCGUGGGCCGCAUGGCCAGACACGGUGGAUGCGUUGAGAAGAUUGCAGAAAGUGUACAAGAUGGUGGUCUUGUCGAACGUGGACAAUGAUUCGUUCCAGAAGAACAAUGCAGCCUCGAUGGAAGGCUUCGAGUGGGAUGCGGUCCUAACGGCUGAAGACAUUGGAUCCUACAAGCCGAAUCACAACAAUUUCCACCAUAUGCUGAGAGAAGCCAAGAGUAGAUUUGGGGUGGAGAAAGAUGAGGUCCUGCAGACAGCACAGAGCCAAUUUCAUGACCACCACCCAGCCAAGGAACUGGGAAUCAAGAGUUCGUGGAUCUGGCGGCCGGGUUCGGUAGCGGGGAACAGGGACGACCCGGUAUACGAUUACAAGUUCGAAACGCUUGCGGACAUGGCCGAUGCGGUGGAAAGAGAGCUAGCGGACGAAAGAUGA